GUGACGGUAUCGCACGGAGACUAAUCGAUGUUUAUGUGGACAAGUCUCAUUGCUGUCGGGCAGCUUUAUAUUAAUUUUCCAUUUAUAUUAAAGGGAGGCAAUGUCCGCCCUUCGUUCGCUUUACUCAACAAUCCACGAACGUGCAGUUCAGUCUGGUCUCGAUCGAUAUGGGCAACGAUCCAAUAUAUGUUGCGGAGGGAUUGAGUCCCACCCCCGGGAUGAAUGGACAACGUUCCAAGGUAUACCGCGUGUAUACUUACCCGUGGUUUCAAAUAUUGCUAAUCAGUUUCAUCUGCUUUUGCUGUCCCGGCAUGUAUAAUGCCCUCACUGGGAUUGGAGGCUCUGGCCAGGUCGAUCAGACCGUCGCGUCAAAUGCAAACGUUGCCUUACUCUCUGCCAUGGCUGGUACCGCGCUUUUCGUCGUCGGCCCUAUCUUCGACCGCAUCGGACCUCGAGCCUGUCUGCUGAUUGGAGGUUGGACGUAUCCAUUGUAUUCCGGAAGUCUGCUAUGCUUCAACCGCACGGCAAACGGCGCAUUUGUGAUCGCAUCUGGAGCCAUCCUCGGUAUCGGAGCAUCGUUCCUUUGGGUGGCACAAGGCGCUAUCAUGACGACAUAUGUCCCAGAAUCGCAGAAGGGCCGCGCCAUCGCAGCCUUUUGGAUUAUCUUCAAUCUAGGAGGUGGUAUUGGCUCCUUGGCCAGUUUCGGUAUGAAUUACCACUCAACGAGUGGAACUGUUUCGGACGGCACAUACAUCGCCCUGCUUAUUAUCAUGGCCAUUGGAUGGCUCAUGGGAGGUCUGAUUUGCCCACCGAAAUCAGUGCGGGUGGCAACUAUCCAAACAACCCCCGAGACCGAAAAGAAUUGGCUGAACAUCACGAAGCUCACCUUGAAGACUGUCUGUGACUGGAGAGUGCUGUCCAUGCUCCCGCUGUUCUUCUGCGCCAAUGUAUUCUACUCGUAUCAGCAAAAUAUUGUCAACGGAAUGACAUUCAACAUCCGCAGUCGCUCUUUGAAUGGAGCCCUGUACUGGAUCGCACAGAUGUUCGGUGGACUCAUUAUGGGCUUCCUCCUUGAUGUCCCAGGGCUUAAUCGUCAAUGGCGGGCACGGGUUAAUUGGCUGUUCUUAUUCGUCACGGGGAUGGCGAUCUGGGGCGGAGGAUACGCGUUUCAGCUCUGGUACGAUCGACGGGUAGCGCAGGGCAAGAAGCAAGAUGUCGACUUCACAGACAGCAGCAUCUCCGUUGGGCCCAUGUUCCUAUAUAUCUUUUACGGGAUGUACGAUGCAUUCUGGCAGUCGUUCUGCUAUUGGUUGAUGGGAGCCCAGUCGAACUCUCCCGCGGUGGCGGCCAUCCUGGUGGGAGCGUACAAAACAUUCCAGAGCGUCGGAGGUGCGAUGGCGUGGCGACUGGGGGCGAUGAACAAGUCGCCAAUGCUGCAGUUUGCCGUCGACUGGGGCCUGUGUAUGGGCUCGCUUGUCAUUGCCAUUCCGGCCGUGUUAGCCGUCACUCUCACCAGUACGGAUCAAGACACCCUCGACGAGGUGGACAUGAAGAACAGGCAAGUCGACACGUCUACGGAUGGGCCUAAGCCGUGAGUUGACACGUUGUGUUGCCUCGGGCUGUCCUUCCUGUCGGAACGAACCCGAGUGGGGCCUUCGAUGAUCUAGGCACUGCAAUCUAGAUUAGACUGACGUACAUAGAGACUGUCAUACGGGUAUAUCUUUGUGGAGGUGGUGGACGUGACGAUUUUCCUUAAUACUAUG